ACAUUUCAGGUCUUACAGAGGGGUACCUCCCACAUUUUAGCUGAUCUGAAAAUGCCAGCAAGAAGCUCGAUAAAGAUCAACUCCUGCAGAAACCAUCACCACCAUGAAGACCGCUCUUAUUCUGCUCAGCCUUUUGGGAAUCGCCUGCGCUUUCUCAGUGAAAAACCUCCAUCGCAGAGCAAAAGUAGAGGAGUCUGAAGAAAAUGCGGUCUUCAAGCACAGGCCUCGAUAUUACAUCUACAAAUACGCCCACCUCUACCCCCCUCAGAAACGGAUUCUGUCCCAGAGCAACAGUGACUCAUCUGAGGAAGGUGGCGACGGUGAUAGUUCAGACGAAGAGGAGGAAGAGGAAACAUCCAAUGAAGAAAACGAAGAGAAUGAAGAGGAGAAUGAAAAUUCUGAAGGAGAAAAUGGCGAAGAGUCCACCACAGUGUCUGCUAUCACUCCUUUGUAUGGAGAAGAGACAACACCAGGAAGAGGGGACACUGGUUUAGGAGCAAUCAAGGUCCCCAAAAAGGGUGAAACUCGUAAAAGUACUAAAAAGGAGGAGAGUGACGAAGAGGAGGAAGAGGAGGAGGAAGAGAAUGAAAAUGAAGAGAGUGAAGCAGAAGUAGAGGAAAAUGAGCAAGGCAUUAAUGGUACCAGCACCAACAGUACUGAAGACAAUGGCAAUGACGGUGGAGAAAAUGGGGGUGAGGCAGCUGAAGGGGAAGAAGAAAGCGUCACUGAAGCCAACGAAGAGGAAAAUGGUGGCGAAGAGACCACUACAUUUGUAGAUAGCAUCCAAGGGGCAACGACCCCCUCUAAUGGGGCAUAUGAGGUCACCACCCCACCCACCACCAGCAAUGGAUAUGAAGAAACAGUCACCAACGAAUACGAUAGCGGGUAUGAAGUUUAUGAAAACGAGAACGCAGAACCACGUGGGGACAAUUUCCGAACAUACGAAGACGAAUACAGCUACUACAAAGGCCGUGGCUAUGACGGCUACGAUGGCCGAGAUUACUACAACAACCAGUGAAGAGCACGACACCAAUCAAUGUAAUAAUGACAGUGGUUUGCAAGGAAAUUGUUUUUGAAGUUCAACUCAGGAAGGUGCAGUACACUCGGUAGCAUAGAAUGGUGCUGCCUCUCCAAAGCAUCCCUCCCUCAAGUAGGUAGAGACUUGCUAAUGUCCACCCCAAAUGACUUUAUGGAAAAUCUUGGUGUUUGGGGCCAUUUCAGAGGGAGUUUUGGGGCUGCAGCACCAUACGUUUUUCAUAAGUGGCAUUGCUAACUGCUAGAAUGUGCUUCUGGUUAAGGUCAUGCUUUUGACAUUACAAACACUGACACAAUCAACGUGCAGCAUUUAAUCACAGUGCCUGCCAGGUCUACUUAUUAUCAAGUGGUUUUAAUGUGCAACCUACAAUACCAAUCUACUCGUUGUUUAUAUUAAAAAUAAAAUGC